AGUACUCUCCUGAAGGCGAGCUGGACUUAACCUCCACUCACCCCAUGGUGGACGGGGGGCACGGAGGGUGUAAAGGGGCAUGCCUGCAGCCUGAAUGCUCUUACCCCUUACCCAGUGUCUCCUCCUUCGACUCCUCUUUUAUCUCCAUCCCUCACCACCAGAAGUACUCUCCUGAAGGCGAGCUGGACUUAACCUCCACUCACCCCAUGGUGGACGGGGGGCACGGAGGGUGUAAAGGGGCAUGCCUGCAGCCUGAAUGCUCUUACCCCUUACCCAGUGUCUCCUCCUUCGACUCCUCUUUUAUCUCCAUCCCUCACCACCAGAAGUACUCUCCUGAAGGCGAGCUGGACUUAACCUCCAUCCGCCCCAUGGUGGACGGCGGCACUGAGGGCUUUAAGGGGCACGCGAGGGUGAUCAUCCCGGGGGUGACGCCGUGCUUCCACUGCACUCUCUGGCUCUUCCCCCCGCAGACCAGGUUCCCCCUCUGCACUCUCGCUGAGACCCCGCGCUCGCCCGCGCACUGCAUUGAAUACGCGCACCUCAUUCAGUGGGGGGAGUGGAUCUACCAGAAGGAACUGCUUGCUCUAUCACCCUCUUUUACUCUGCUAUGUUCUACCGCAUCUUCUCUGUUUUCCACAAUCAUCUGUUCUUCAUUCUUUGUUCAUGUCCCUCUCUCCUCCCUCCCUUCCCCUCCUUCCCCUCCUUCCCCUCCUUCCCUCAUUCCCCUCCAUCCCCUUGUUCCCCUUCCAUCCCCUUCUUCCCCUUCCAUCCUGCCACACUCCCAUCUCCCCUGUGCUCCCCGGCAGGCUGUCAUUCGAGCCCAGCAGCACAGCAUCACGGGGGUUACGCUCUCUCUCACACAGGGAGUGGUGAAGAACAUUAUCCCCGCUAUAGCAUCAACCAACGCCAUCAUAUCAGCGGUGUGCGCACUGGAGACUCUCAAGAUCGCUACAAUGUGCUCCGCUGGGAUGAACAACUACGUGAUGUACGUGGGCACACAGGGGGUGUACUCACACACCGUGGCCUAUGAGAGGGAUCCCGAGUAUGUGGGCACGCAGGGAGUGUACUCACACACCGUGGCCUAUGAGAGGGACCCCGAGUGCCUUGUGUGCAGCGCUGGCGUCCCUGUCACCGUACCGUCCACAGCCACUCUGCAGCAGUUCAUUGAUCAGCUAUUGGCUGAUCCACGUUUCGCCGCCCGCUUGCAAGCACCGUCCGUCUCUUUUUACGGAUCCAACCUCUACCUCCGUGCCCCUGCGGUGCUCGAAGAGGCAACGCGGCCGAAUCUUUCCAAGCCACUCAAAAAGCUCAUGGAUGGAGUGGGCUGUGUGAAUGGGGAGGAGUGCGGAGAGAACAAGGGUGUUUCGGCUGGAGGCGUGUUGAAUGUGAACGAUAAGAAGCUAGCAGGUGUGCUUAGAGUGAGGGUCUCUUUCAAAGAUGAACUGUGA